ACUCCCCAGAUUGCCGCCAUGUCUUUCGAGCACGGGGCAGAUGUCGCUGGUCCUUCGGCGACUGGCGAUGACAAGUCUGUCUACAAGACCAACUCGGAGGAGGUUUUUGUUACUGGAUCGGGAGAUCAUGAUGCUGUCUAUGGUGUUGGUGGUGUUGGUCACACACAUCGUAGACUAAAAGCACGUCACGUUACCUUCAUUGGUUUCGGUGGUGGUAUUGGAACGGGUCUUUUCGUUGGUACUGGAAGUGCGUUGGCCAGUGCAGGACCUUUGGGUCUCUUGUUGGCUUACUCUGUUGUCGGUAUGAUUCUAUGGUGUGUCAUGGAGUCCAUCGGCGAGAUUGCUACUCUGAGUGUUUUUGCUGACAUUGAUAUANNGUUUCCCACUGCUGGAUCAUUCCCUCACUUUGCUACUCGCUUUGUUGACCCUGCUCUUGGAUUUACUUUGGCCAUUUCCUAUGGAUACUGCUACACUAUCGCCAUCGCUUCAGAAGUCUCUGCUGCGGCAGUUGUGGUAUCUUACUGGACAGACAUCACCCCUGCAGUAGUCAUCACAGUCGGUCUUGCUGCGAUCUUGGCGAUUAACCUGAUGAAUGUUCGCUUCUUUGGUGAAGCUGAGGUUAUCACUGCUUCCAUCAAGAUUUUGUGCUUCUUGGGUUUGGUGAUUGUCUCCAUUGUCAUCACCUCUGGGGGCGCACCCGACCACGAAUCCAUUGGCUUCCGCUAUUGGCGCAAUCCUGGACCUUUCACCGAUUACAACGGCAUCAAGGGAAACACCGGCCACUUCCUGGCCUUCUUCAGUGCUUUCAUCAACGCCAGUUUCUCCUACAUUGGUGUUGAGACCGUCAUUGUUGCAGCUGCCGAGACCAUGAACCCUCACAAGGCUAUUCCUAAAGCUGUCCACCGCGUUACCUACCGUAUCCUCUUCUUCUAUGUCUUGGGCACGCUUCUCAUUGGAAUGAUUGUUCCCUCCAACGACCCCAGACUUGUCUCUGGCACUGGAAACGCAAACUCCUCUCCUUGGGUCAUCGCCAUCAAGAACUCCGGAAUCACUGUUUUGCCAUCUAUCGUCAAUGCCUGUAUCUUGGUCUCUGCCUGGUCAGCAGGAAACAGUUAUUGCUACAUUGGAUCACGCAUGCUCGUCGCCCUAGCCGCCGACCGCCAAAUGCCCCAAUUCUUCGCCAAGGUCAAUCGUCAGGGCGUGCCUUACUGGGCCGUGCUUGCCUCUUUCGCCUUCGGCCCUUUGGCGUACCUCUCUCUGGGCUCUGGCGGUGCAUCCCAGGCCUUCACCUGGCUGCUGAACCUCAGCACUGUGGCUGGCCUGCUCGCCUGGAUGACCCUGUGUAUCUGCUACAUCCGCUUCCACCACGCCUGCCGUGCCCAAAACAUCGAUCGCAAUUUACUGCCUAUGAAAGGCCGCUUGCAACCUCUAGCCGCUUACGUCGGCGCCAUUGGCAGUGGGAUCAUCACUCUCUUCUCUGGCUUUUCCGUUUUUCUUAAGGGCAACUGGAAUACUGGCUCUUUCUUUGCUUCCUAUAUCGGAAUUGCGAUUUAUAUCAUUCCGUAUGUGGUUUGGAAGAUUGUGAAGAGGACGAAGAUUCAUAGGGCCAAGGAAAUCGAUCUUUGGAGUGGCAGGUUUGAUCCUAGAGGCGCGGUUAAUGAGAAAGAGCCGGUUACAAAGUGGGAGAAGUUUUUGGAUUGGUUGUUGUAA